GCAUCAUGCAUGUGUGGCGCAUUGACAAAAAAAAAAAAAUAAGAUACGAAACCACUUACUAAAUAUUAAUCUAACCACUGAGUCCAGACGGUCAAACUGAAAAGGGACGCUGUUGCUAUGACAACACAAAAAGUGAGCAAGAAUAGCAUCCUUCGAAACAGCAGCGAUAUCCCUGCAGCUGAAUCACAGACCAAAGGAGUUUCUGGUUUUAUUUUGUUCAAAUUGUCAGAUUCAAAAAGAUGAUUCCACCAGCCGAAUCUCUCCUCAAAUACGACAAUCCAGUUUUGAUCAGGAAAAGCACUGACAGAAAAUCACCAAAGGGGCGCCCUUUAAAAGUGAGUCCACAGCAGGUGGGGGAACAGCCUACCCCUGUUCCACCACCUCCAAAAUCAAAACCCACCUCUACUGACACCGCCAAGCAGGAAGACGAGGAGAUCCUAAACGCCAUCCUUCCACCCAGGGAAUGGACUGACGGGACCCAGCUGUGGGUGCAGCGAGUGUCCAGUGCACCUUGUACAAGAACAGAUGUUAUUCACCUAGGGGAGCUGCUGGACACAAAGCUGCAACAAAGGCAGGCCAAACAGACAGGAAUCUGCACUGUCCGCAGGGAGCUCUAUUCUCAGUGCUUUGAUGAGCUCAUCAGACAGGUGACCGUCAAGUGUGCUGAGAGGGGCCUGCUGCUCUCGCGGGUCAGAGAUGAGAUUCAAAUGACUAUUCCUGCCUACCAGACUCUGAAUGAAAACAGUGUGGCCUUUGGGAUGAGGAAAGCCCUUCAGUCAGAGUCAAAGGUUGACAUGGAGAAACAAAUUACUGAUCUUGACGACGAGAAACUGGAGCUGAAGAAGCAACUGAACAAACUCAAGUCUCAACGUGAUGCCGUUGAAAAACGAGAAACUGAAAGGCGACAGAUUGAAGAAAAGAUGCACGUGGAAGAGAUCCAGUUCCUCAAGAGAACCAACCUGCAGCUCAAGACCCAAAUGGAAUUGAUCCUCACACCAAAGAAGUAACACCACCAUCAAUAACAGAGGGGCCAUUUGACUGCACACAAUGUGACAUUUGUCUUGUUUCUAAAUAUCGAUCAAUAAAACUUCCACACAGUGUAAUCAGAGAGAGUUUCAUUUAUUCCAACAGCAUGUCAUGACAAGUACAGCUCAAGUACUGUACACAUCUCUUGAACAUCAAGAGAGCAUCACACGUGUUUAUGAUGAAUGAAAAGUCAUUCAAACACAGUUCUUGGUUGAAGGGGAGAAAAAGUUGAGAAGGCAGUUUUUGUUCCGAGAGCGACACACGGUCAGGAUGAGGCAUCAAGUGGCUA